CCCUUUACCACGUUUUACUGCUACUAUCUCCUCUGUGAAACAAGGUAAAAAGUAACCAUUUAAAUAUAGGUAGUACAGGCUUACAAAAAUUAAAAUAUUAUUAGUCACUAAUUGGCUCUGUUUUCUUCCCUGCUGAUGAAGAGAACUGCAUUUCUGUAUUCAAUUCAACGUCAUCUCUGUUCCAAAACCUUAACUCCAGCAAAAAUGACUUCUGAAACUAAGCAUGAGAAAGAAAAUUUAUCACAGCCUGCUGUUGCUCCUGAUGCUUUAAAGUCUUCUAAUCAUAAAGGUCAAUCAAUGAUUAUGUCAACCUACAAUACAGCUGGAAAUAACCAUGAAUUGUCCACAUCUUCUAUGCUUGGUCAAACUUUGGAUGAAGAUCUUCAUGUUAAUGAGAAAAGAAAUCAUGAGAACUUUGAGAAAAUUCAUGCAUCUCCAAAAGUUUUUGAACCUAGAUAUGGAAAGAGGUUGGAAUUCCAUCCAACAAAGAUACAAGCAUUAGACCAGGAAGCAAAGGAAAAUUCAUUUUCCCGGCCAUUUACCGUGUCCAUUGAAGGCAAUAUUGGAAGUGGGAAAUCAACAUUUUUGAAGCAUUUUGCUGCUCUGCCCAAUGUUGCUACCUACCAGGAACCACUGGGCAAGUGGACUGAUGUUGGAGGCUACAAUUUGCUUGGUAAGCUGUAUGAAGACCCAAAGCGUUGGAGUUUCCUAUUCCAAUCUUAUGUUCAGCUCACACGACUUCACAUUCACUUACAGAAUGAUGCCAAUUCUUCAGUCAAGCUCAUAGAAAGAUCACUGCAUAAUAACAGAUAUUGCUUUGUUGAGAGUGGACACGAUUCAGGAGAUCUUCAUUCAAGUGAAUAUGAUGUUCUCUGUGAGUAUUUCGACUUCCUGAAGGAGAACUUGGAUCUUGGCAUUGACCUUAUUGUAUAUCUUCAGUCAACUCCUGAAGUGGUUCAUCAGAGGAUGCAAAAACGGGGCCGUUCUGAAGAGGCUGGUGUUCCACUUGCUUACCUGCAGAAGCUCCACCACUACUAUGAACGCUGGCUGAUCCAUGGCGUGCCGUGCCAGCCUCCAGCUCCCGUACUCGUAAUCAAUGCUGACCCUGACUUGGUCACCGUCACUCGCAAUUUCAACCUGCACCAGAGCAUCAUUCUUGGCCAGGAACCUCUUCGUUGCGCAAGCCGUAGUGAUGAAAAAGAAAAUCUGGACCCUUCUUUGGGGAAAUCAAAGAAAAAUAUCUCUGAUACAAAUUCCCCACAAAAUGAUAAAAAAAAACUUGAGCAAAGCUUGACUGAACGAUCUUAAAUAAACGUUCUACAUUCAUUAUACAUUCGCGUAAUUUCUAGUUAUGUUCAGAUCUGAUUGCAAGAGGCUAGAGAAACUCGUUAUUUAAAUGAACCUACAAUAAUUUUUUAGGAAGACAGAAGGCAGUAGAUCUCAUCUGUGUUGAAUUACGUUAUGUGCCUGAAUUUAUAUCGUUUAGACCUUAUAAUUUGAUCAAAUUUUUGUUUUUGUUAGGUACUUUUAUUAGUCUAUUACGUAGCUACUACAAGAUUUCUUAUUACAUACCUGAACAAUGCAACAUUUAUUGUCUGUCAUCUGACACUGCUUCGUUCAUUAUAAGAUUAAACUGCACCGUUCAUUAUAAGUUUAAACUACAUCGUUUAUUAUAAAGUUGAACUACGCCGUUCAUUAUUAAGUUUAAGUGCACCGUUCAUUAUAAGUUUAAACUGCAUCGUUCAUUUUAAGGUUAAACUGCACCGUUCAUUACAAGGUUAAACUGAAUCUUUCAUUUUGAUUACCAUGUACCAUUGUACCAACUGCACCGUUAAUUUUAACUACCAGCUAAAUCAUUACUAUUACGAACUGCAUCAUUCAUUAUAAUUAGUAGCUGCAUUAUUCAUUACGUUUUAUUAGUAGCAGCUGCAUACUUUUUUAACUGCACCCGUCCGUCAUUUGGGUGAAUUACGUGCGAUCUUAUUUACAGCAGUGAAGUUCCAACAGUUUUGAGUUAAAAACAAGCUUUGGACCUUGUAUCUAUAUAAGAUAAUUUAAAAUCAAUUUAUCGACUGUGAAUUUUUUUUCUAUUUAAAAUGGAUUAACGAAGAAAUUUCUAUUCUGGUAGCAAUUCAUGUCGCCAUUGUUCUUUAGUGAAAUUAUCGUUAUUAAGAGUAAUCUCGCCAUGGCUACAUUCUGAAAAUUUGUCAUUGUUUUUUUCGCCACUAGGUUAACGGUCUUCGUACGGAUGUAAACGAUCCUGUAUAGAGUGAUGGCCGUUUGAAUUUUUAUACUAAAGUAUAUAGUUUUAUAUUUACAUUGCUCUUGUCAUCCUGUGUAAUGUACUCAGGAUUUUUGUAUGGUUUGCAUGAAAAUGAUGAAACUUGAGGAAAGGUU